AUGGGCAAGAAGAGAGAAAGAGAGGAGGCAGCCGCCCAUUAUGGGGGCGACAGGAUGGACGAGGACAGCUCCGAUGACGAAGACUUCGACAUGGUCAAUGUUGAUUUUGAGUGGUUCAACUUUGACGCCGAAAUCGACUUCCACGGCGUCAAGUCGCUCCUCCGCCAGCUCUUCGACGUCGACGCAACCCACUUUGACAUCUCGAGCCUGGCCGACCUCAUCCUCUCCCAAAACACCAUUGGCUCUACCGUCAAAGUUGACGGAAAGGAGACCGACGCCUACGCUUUCCUCACCGCUCUCAACUUGCGGGAGCACAGCCAAAAACCGGCCAUUGCCACCCUAAGCCGAUACCUCGCCGGAAAAGCCGGUACCAAUGACGCAUUGGCGCCCGUCAUUCCUCCGCUACUCGAUGGAUCCAAUGGAAGUGCGCAGGUUGGCCUUGUUCUCUCCGAGCGCCUGAUCAACAUGCCCACCGAGAUUUCACCGCCCAUGUUCCGGAUGCUCAUCGACGAAAUCGAGGCUGCCGUUGAGGACAAGGAGCCUUACGAGUUCAGCCACUACCUGGUUCUGUCGAAGAUAUACCGCGAAGUUGAGCCCGAGGCGGAGUUGCGGACGGAAGAGAGGAGAGGGAAGAAGCAGAAGCCUGACGCGGCCGCUGUGUGGCAUUUUCACCCCGAAGACGAGGUGUUGGCCAAGCACGCUGUCGCUCACGGCGCUUACACGUAUUCGAACGAGAACAAUGGGUCCGCCGAAAGCAAGCGCGCUUUCCAAGAGAUGGGUAUCAAGUCGCAGGGAUACCUGAUCCUCAUUGAGGCGGCCAAGUGGAAGGGGGCCGUCGAAGCCGUAGAACAGUACCUUAAGCCGCAAUGA